GGGUUUCCCGUGCAACAGUGCAGCCGGGGAUCCUUUAUGGCCAGGGGCUUCUGACCAUGUCUGCGGCCGAGGAGGAGGCGAGGCGUCUUCCCUGUUCUUCAGCCAGUUUUGAGACCAAUAUAUUCACUCUCUGAUGUUUAAGCAACUUCUGAAGGAUGCAGACACAGACAUUGAGUGCUGUCUUGCUAACAAGGAGCAGAUGUCUGAAAAGCCUGCAGAGGAGACGUAGGAUCUUCAAGCAAAUUCUGGCAGCUGGAGUUUCCCAAUAACAGAUAAAAUUAUUUGACCACCAUGAGUUGGAGUUUUCUGACCCGUCUGUUAGAGGAGAUCCACAAUCACUCAACCUUUGUUGGCAAAAUCUGGCUGACAGCGUUGAUUGUAUUUCGGAUUGUCCUGACUGCUGUGGGAGGAGAAUCCAUUUAUUACGAUGAACAAAGCAAGUUUGUGUGCAACACGGAGCAGCCCGGCUGCGAGAAUGUUUGUUACGAUGCUUUUGCUCCUCUUUCGCAUGUGAGGUUUUGGGUCUUUCAGAUCAUUCUUGUUGCCACUCCAUCUGUGAUGUAUUUAGGCUACGCAAUUCAUAAAAUUGCCCGGAUGGUGGAACACAGCGAAGCCGACAGAAGAAUCAGAAGCAAAAGCUUUUCCAUGCGCUGGAAACAACACCGUGGCUUAGAGGAAACUGAGGAGGACCAUGAGGAAGACCCGAUGAUGUACCCAGAAAUAGAGUUGGAAAGCGAACGGGAGAAUAAAGAGCAGCAGGCCCCUGCCAAAGCUAAGCAUGAUGGCAGGCGGCGAAUCCGUGAAGACGGACUCAUGAAAAUUUAUGUCCUGCAGCUUCUGGCGAGGACCACGUUUGAAAUCGGCUUUCUCGUGGGUCAGUAUUUUUUGUAUGGCUUUGAGGUCAGCCCCAUAUUUGUGUGCAGCAGGAAGCCAUGCCCGCACAAGAUAGAUUGUUUCAUUUCAAGGCCAACCGAAAAGACCAUUUUCCUGCUAAUAAUGUACGGGGUGAGCUGCAUGUGUUUACUUUUGAAUGUCUGGGAGAUGCUCCAUUUGGGAUUUGGCACAAUCCGGGACACGUUGAACAACAAGAGAAAAGAGCUGGAAGACUCUGGUACCUAUAACUACCCUUUUACUUGGAAUACGCCAUCUGCUCCUCCUGGCUAUAACAUCGCGGUCAAGCCAGAGCAAAUGCAAUAUACUGAACUGUCCAAUGCCAAAAUGGCCUACAAACAGAACAAAGCCAAUAUAGCUCAGGAACAGCAGUAUGGAAGCAAUGAAGAAAACAUUCCUGCUGACCUGGAAAAUCUGCAGAGGGAAAUCAAAGUGGCUCAGGAGCGCCUGGACCUCGCAAUCCAGGCUUACAACAACCAAAACAAUCCCGGCAGUUCCAGAGAGAAGAAAUCCAAAGCAGGCUCAAACAAAAGCAGUGCCAGUAGCAAGUCAGGAGAUGGGAAGAACUCUGUCUGGAUUUAGUGUUGGCUGAGUUUAUAUAUUGUGUUUUUUCUCCUAGUUUAUCAUAACCAGCAACCCCUUGAAUAAUGGCUUCCAUUAAGUAAAUAUUUGACUCUGCUUAUUUUCAGGGAUACCGUUGGCUAGUGAUUCAAUGUCUCAGAAAGGCUUUAUACGCAUAUUCUAGGAUUAUAGAACUUUAUUCUUCUGUCUUCCAAGUCAGGAGACAAAUAGGUAUAUUUAAAUCAUUCUCAUUGAACGGUUUAUGCUGUAUGUACAGUAUUGUAGUACAUUUAUUAUGCACAAUUUUUUGUAUUUGUACACUGGAUCUCUGACGUUACACUUUUUUAUAUUAAUGAGGAGAAAGCAAUGGGUAGCUGUUAGCAUUUUGCUAGUUUUAUUACUGUGGUCCACAGUUUUGUCGUUGUUCUUCCUUGUUUUAAAUGUAAAACUUUCUAUGCUGCAUUUCAAAAGUGCCUUGAACAUGCAGACAGCACAGAGGAGUCUUCGGUUAUCCAGGCGGCCCACGGGUGCCAGUCACUGAGCAGCAGAGCAGUGAAAGAUUUGGAAAACAUCUGUUAAUGGUGCUCUUGACUCUGUCUUUUACAAAAAUGACGUGCUACUUAUAAAAUGGAAGUGUCAUACUAUAGCUACUAUGUACUACAGUUUUUUUCACCCUGUGGAAAAUUACUUACAGGAAAAAUGUACAUGGGUGAGAGUACUUGUGUUCAGAGUAAGAGUGCCAGCUGUAACGCAGAGAGGGCUCAGACCUCCCUGCAAGCUUUAUG